AUGGUGUCGGAGAGGCAGCGGACCAAGCCGAGGGCGAGCGAGGCGGCCGCAGCUCUCCUCCGUCCUUCCUCCGCCGCGACGUCGGGCCGGCGCCCCGGCCCUUCCCCGCCGCGCCCGCAGACCCCGCCCAGCGCCGCGCCACCCGGCCGCAGCGGGCGCGCCCCGAGAGUGCCGGCGACCGGAGGCAGAGGCGGUGCCGAUGCCCGGGCCCGGCGGCCUCUGCGGGGCCGGCGCGAGUCGCGCUCCCACUCCCCGCCCGACGCCCGCCAGGAGCUCCGGACCGUUCCCGCCACGCUUCCGCCACGUCGCCGGGGUGCGCCGCCCGCGGCCCUCCCCGCCCCGAGCCCGCGGUGGGGGCUGGGCGGAGGCCGGGCCGGUCGCCCGGGCCCCCGCCGCCGCCGCCACGCGUCCUGCACCCGGCUCCGGGCAGGCUCUCCGUUCGGGCGAACGCCCCGGGCGCUUCCCGCAGAGGAGGACACCCGCUCCGGCAACCCCGAUAAGAAACCAAGUCACAGUGCGGAAGUCCCGAAGCCACCAGUUCCCCAGCACCCUUCGGGGAAAUCCCGUACGCCUCUGCAGGAGGCGAGAAUUAAAACAAAAGCCCCGUAAAACUGAAACCGAGCCGGGCGGCGGGUCGGGUGGCAGCGGCGGCAGCUCUGCGGGCGCGAGGACACACGGCCGGUCUCGCGCUUCGCUGCUCCUGUGCGUCCGGACGAACCAUAGAGAUCACUUAAGGAGGCUCGCGCGCUACUCUUCACCACGUGACCGCCCCAGCCAGGCCGCCCCCCGCGCCGCCAUCUUACAUCCGGGAGAGAGGCGGCGUCCCGUUUCCCCGCCUCGGCAAGUUUCGACGUGUCACUAGAAAUCAGCCCCCAAAAGGGGGACCUCAAUUCCACGUCACCGAAGUGCUGAGGCCAAGAGCUGUGCCCCCCGCCAUGAGUUUAAAGGGGCAAACUUGAGCCCCUAGAUUCCCCGUUUUUGCCCGCAAAGAAAAUGGCGGCACUUACCGCCGUCUAAGUGGACACGUUGUACCCUGGCGGGGGUUCAAAGUUUCCGGCACCUCCUUUCCUAUCCCGCAAGGACACGGCCAUUUGCGCUCCACCCUGCGGGUACCAAGUGUGCUGCAUUUCGGAGAAAACCGGCGGGAAAGCUGCUGCGCUGCUCGCUGUAAUGCGCAGGCUCCUGGGACUUCUGGGUGGGUUUGUGUGUGUGUGUGUGUGUGUGUGUGUGUGUGUGUGUGUGUUUUUAAGGCCAAGUUUUGGAGAGGGCCUCCUACCGUGAGUCUUAUUUGCUGUUGGUCCAGGCAAGUUACUUUUUGCUCACAUACAGAGCUUUCUCUAAGUUAGCAAAUCAUCUUAAAGACGAAGUAAGCAGAGUUUGCCCGAUGUAAUACAGAACGUCCAGUUUAAUUAUUGGAACUUCAGGUAAACGAAUAAUUUUUAGUUUGUACUUAAAAAUUACUUGGAAUUCAAAUUCAGCAGGACGUCCUAUAUUUUUAUCUGUUAAAUCUGGUGAUCCUGUUAGUCAUCAAUCUUCUGCAAAUACAGACUACAUAUAGCAAAAGUAAGGAAUGUUGGAAUUGAAGACUGUUUAGUCGUGGUACCGACUUCUGUACAGAGUUUGAUCCUUUAAUGCUGGCAACAGGUUCUAAAAUACGAUAACAGUGCAUAAGGGACAUUCGUGAAUAAUUUCUUUUUGAAAGAGUAAGGACCCCCCACCCCCGCUUAAAACCACAGUGUAAUUUUGAAUCAAAGAUCCUCACAACCAAGAAUCUCGUUGCAAAGUAAAGGUUACAUAAUACUCCUUUCGUUUCUGUUCUCUAUACUAUUAGCGAUGGGACACAAUUUCACGAACAAGUUUUCAAAUUACUACAAACCCUGCCUGACAUAAUUCGAAAUAAAUAACAUUUGUGUGUAAUACGCAAAUUGAGAAAGUAGAAUAUACUCAACUAUCCGCCAACAGAUCUCAAUGUUACACUUACUGUAAGCAUUUUAAAGCAACUACUAAAGGUAGCUUGCCUGGGAUGUCACUGUGAAAUAUUUCCAAUUAAUAAAAUUUCUGUAUUUCUGUA